UCCAACAGCAUCAUCAACAACAACAACAUGCUAUCCCCAACCACCACCACCACCGCCACCUCCAGUAGCACCACCACCACCACCACAGCCAGCGCCCUGCCGUCCUGGGUGCUGGAGGAGAGGGAGGCGGCGGGCAUCAGACACCGCCGCCGCGUCCUGGAGCAGCGGGCACAAAGGAUCCAUGGCUUGCCCCGCGCCACUUCUAUCGCGGUAGACGUGGAGGGCUUGAGUCAACAGGUGAAGGAUCGACAAAGGGCAUUGGAGAAGGAUCAGAGAGAAGAGGAGGACUUCAUGCGUCUGGCAGCCACGCAGGACCGCGCCGCAGUUCUCUUACAGCAUCGCGAGAAGAAGGCGGAGGAGGCGAGGCGGACUGACUUGACGAAAUUCUGGCGGGAAGAACAGAGACCAGAGAGGAGAAGGGACGCUGACCUCGAAUCUCAUGAACACCUUACUUCUGCCCUUUAUGAACUCAAAUUCGAGGGAGAAGACUUGGGUAGAGGUGAGCGUGUGAAGGCACAGCGGAAGGAGGCGAAGGAGUGGUUGGAGCAGCAGAGACGAGAGCAGCAGUACAUAGAUCAGCAGGAGAAGGAGCAGGAGAGGCGGCGGCAGCUGGAGUGUGCCGAGGCAGCGGAACAAGCGAGGCAGCUGGCACAGGCAGAGGAGCAGUGCCGCCUUGCCGAGCAGCUGGCACUCCAACGCUACAAUCUGGCACUGAGUGAGGAGAGGAAAGCUACUGAGUGGGAGGAAAGACUAGCGCGUCGCGAGGCUGAAGACCAGGAAGUGCGCAAUGCAGUCUUCGGAGCCUUGUUGACUGAGGAACCUACAGUGGCGCGCAGCUCACUAGGACCCCACAGGAUAAUCCCACACAGGUGGAAGGGCAUGAGUGAGGCUGAGAGGCGGCAGAUCCUGGAGGUGAGAGAGCGGCAGGUGGAGGAGAAAAAGCGGCAGAAGGAGCAGGAGCGGCGGGAGGAGGCGGCGUGGGCGGUGAUAGCCAAGCAGACGGACAAGGCAGCGCUGUUGUCACUUCACCAGGCACACACCGACGCCAGGCGUCGCGAGGAGCAGCAGGCGGCCACCAACACCCGCCUGGCCACGGAGCAACGGGAGAACAGAGAUGCCGCCGCCAAGCUCGCCUCGCCGCCCCUCCCCUCCCAGGACUUCUACGGGAAAUUCGGCGUGCAUCCCAGAUAGGUGGAAAGGUGGAGUAGUGGAUAAAUGGAAUGCUGUCUUAGUGUGUCUGGUGUUUAUUAGUUUGUUGUUUCCUUUUCAGUGUCUUUUCUUUUCUUUCCUUUUUUUUUCCGUUUGAAGAUCCGUAUGUGUUGCUGUUGUUGUUGUUGAUCGGCAUCCAUAGGUUAUUUAAUUUAUAGGCUUCACUUAUUUUCCUAUUUCUUCUUUCAUGUUUUGUUUUCCCGUCAAAUAUUUACUUACUUGUCUUAUUCUUUAUCAUUAUUGUUACCGUUGUGUUUCCGUCAAACAUUUACUUACUUAUUUUUUAUCAUU